AUGGCGUCGACUGCACCUGCGACGGAGCCCUACCCUCCUAACAUGCCACUUACCCCAGGCGACAGCGAGAACGGAGAUCUUAACGAAGACCCAACUGAGGGCAUCCAGGAGUCUUCCAGCGAAAACUCCCAAACGGCCAGACGAAAGCGCAGCGCCGCUGAGAUGGAAAACAACCCUAACGGGAGGGGUGCGGAAACUUUAGAAACCAUUGAGGCCGAAGUUAGUCCUGACUUUACGAUUUUGUGUCCUGUGCAAGCCAGAGACGCGAAUUCACCUGGAAUCGACUUAUACAUCGAGCGUGACGCUCCGAUACUGGCGCCUGAACUGGCCAUCGAGUUUGGGGUAACACCGGGAAAGAAGUGGCACAACAUGACCACCUUCAAAAAUGCCAAAUUUAAAGAUCCAUUUGUCCUCAUUUAUUCCAAAGGGCAGAUUGUCUACGUCAAUCGUCACAGCCCUGUCCCGUCGUCUCCUCCCGCCGACGCGUCUGAGGACGAGAGAUUACGAUAUGACAAGGAAAAUCUUUGGGUCGGAUUGAUCUCCGAGUUCCGGGCUGAGAAUCAAGAAAAGGUUUAUGUCCGAGUUUUCUGGCUGUAUUGGCCAGAGGAGCUACCCAUGGGCCGACAGUCAUAUCAUGGAAAGGGAGAGUUGGUGUUGAGCAAUCAUGUCGACAUCAUCGAGGCGCAGACGAUUGCCUGUCACGCCGAAAUCAGUCAUUGGGACGAAAAUGACGACUCGAACAAGACGGUGCUCCAGGAACGAUAUUGGCGACAGACCUUGGAUCUCAACAAGUCGGCGGUGGAUCCGAAAAACGCAUUGAGCAAGCUGCGAAGAUUCUGCAUAUGCGGUGGAUAUGACAACCCUAGCUUGGAUAUGUACCAGUGCAAGACGGUGGGUUGUGGCAUGUGGAAUCACGAAGCAUGCUUGAAGAAGGACAUGGAAGAGAGGGCAUGGGAGAAAUUCAAAAAAGGAACCUUGGGCCACGAAAUCCCAGACAGACGGGAAGACAGGGGCUUUACACAGAAGGUAGGAGAGACGUUCGGUCAUUUGGUCAAGAAAGGACUGGGACGAGAGGAAGGCCCGAAUGAGGCGCAAUCAAACACGACAACUAUCGCCAAAGGCAAUAAAAAGCUCAAAUUGACAUCGGGAGGCAAGAAGCCAUGGACAGGCAAGUUAGAGGCCAAUAUCUUCAAGCUGCAGAGGCCUGGCCAAGAGGACACCCACGCUGCGACGGUGACUCAACUCGUUCCAACAGCGACGAGUAAAGCAGUGCCGCAAUUCGAGGCGAAGGUAUGGAACAUGAAGAUGUGUUGCCUGAAAUGCCAGGAGUCAUUGAACUGA